GCACACAUUAACCAUCAGACAGAAGGACUCAGCUCACAACAAUCAUCCGGACCAGGAGAAAGAGUCGAACUUGAGCCUCUCAAAGCCUCCUAAGAUGAAGACGUUCAGUGUUGCAGUUGCAGUGGCCGUCGUGCUCACAUUCAUUUGUGUUCAGCAGAGCUCUGCUGUCCCAGUCACUGAAGAGCAGGAGCUGGAGGAGCCAAUGAGCAUGGACUAUCCAGCAGCAGCACAUGAGCAGAUAUUAGUGGACUCAUGGAAGACGCUGUAUAACAGCAGACACAAGCGUGGCAUCAAGUGUCGCUUUUGCUGUGGCUGCUGCACCCCCGGUAUCUGUGGAGUUUGCUGCAGGUUCUGAGGAUUCCUGCUCCAACAACCACUCAAUAUUAACAAACUGUAUGUCACAGUUAAUGUGUGAGAUUAUACUGUUUUAGUAACAUUGUGUCCUCAGUUACUGCCUCAACCACGUGCUUGUAUUGCACAGUUUAUCACAAUAAACUUUUAAUUUAAGUGCAA